GUUAAUGGUAACUGGCAAUACAACACAGAAAUAUUGUGAUUUUCGGAUGAAAUAUCGUUUCGUCAAAAUGUUUUGUUUGAAUUUACUUUCAAUGAGAAUACGUAUCGGAUAAAUUACGGUUCUAACGAGCUGUUCUUUUGGCUUCAAUAAGGUUCUAUCAAAAAAUGGGUAAGUUUAGGUACGUUGAAUUUAGGAAUAAAUUAUAAAUAAGCAAUACGACACGGAAAAAAACGUCAAAUGCACUUUACUUAAAAAUCACAAACAUUAGCUUUAAAUCAAUUAAAGUCAAUAAUAUUAAAUCAUAAAUAUCGUAUAGGUACCUAUUAUAUGCUAUAUGCUAUAGCUAUUAGGCAAAUCGGUAUAUCUCUUUUUCCACUUACAUAUUCUUCACAUGAUGUUUGUUCAAAUACUAUUACUAUUUAAAAAUAAUAUAUUUAGUCUCUCCCCCCCCCCACAAAAAAAAUCCUAAAUUUAUUGGAUGAAAACGAAAGAGUAGAAGACCAACGUAACAAUAAACCAUUAAUAACGAAUACCGAUUCCGGGCGAAGUUUGGUUAAACAUAAGGAUAUCGAAUUGAAUUUUAUAAUUUUUUUGGAUAUAGUGUUAAAGUGUAAUGUAGGUAGGUACUUAGUUGAAUUGAUUCAAUGAUUGGUAAUUGUUUUUAUUUUAAUGAUAUGAAUGUACCUAAAUAAAUUUUAUUUUAUUGAGUCGUACAAUAUUCUAAUCUUGCUUUUUUUCGUUUAUCAUUAACAAGAUCAUCUUGAAAGCCAAAUAUUGGGGUGAGGUUAAUUCAUUAAAUAUAAAAAGACAUCCUAGGAUAAUGGGGAUGGGUGCAGCCACUGUUUUAGGUAAUUUAACGUACAACUGUUAGCAACGAUUAAUCAUUGCUAACGAAAAAACGAUUCUAAGCGGAGUUCAGCUGAUAGUGAUGCUUUGUCAACAAUAUAUAUGUCAUAUUACAGUAAAAUAUGAUAUAUUAUCUUUAAUAAUAUUUGUUUACUGUUACGAUUUUCCCGUGUUUUUUUUCCUAGUUUUUCACAUUUGCUGGGAAAACUCUUGAGAAAAUCGAAAAAAAACCUCUUUUAAGUACCUCCCCAGUCAAAUUUCCUUUUAGAAACAUUUUUAUCAUUAUAAAUUGGAGCAAGAUUACUGAUAAAAAAGUUUUCUACAGGAAAAAAGAAGGGAAUAAUAGUUUUAGCUAAUACCUACAUUUCUUACAUUUUCCAAUUUUUUUUUUUAUAGAUUUUUCACAUUAGUUGAGAAAACUUUGGACAAAAUCUACUUAAAAUGACCUCCUUUAAAGUACCUCUCCACAUCAAUUUCCUUUUAGAAAAAGUGUUACAUGUAAAAAUCGGAGCAAGUUCUCUGACAGAAAUGUUGUCUAUAAAAUAAAUAUCUUUGUAAACUAUAAGCUUCUUUGUUCCACUCAGAAUCUAAAAAUAAAUGUCUGCUAAAUUGUAAAUAAUAUGUGUUCGAAAGACAGUAGGUAGGAAUACGGUGGAAUUUUUAUUUUCAUUUGUCAAUCAAGCAAGAAAGAGUCAAAACGCUAUUUAGUGUCAGUAACGAAUCAGGAAUGUAUGUUUUGGUAAAACCUUGAAAGAUACAAUUUUAUGUUAGGAUUGAUAAUUCCUGGACGUACAUCUAUUUUAAAACUAUUAUGAAUGAUCAUGAGUCAUGCUUAUGAUUUUAAAUGUCUAAAGAUAAAGCAAAUAUAUCCUAAAAUCAUUAAAAUUAUCUUUAGCAUUAUAACUAUUUGAAGUUUUUGAUUCUUUUUAAUUUUAUUUGGAUUUAUGUAAGUUAUUAGUCACAGUCAUUCUUAUUGGUUGUUAAUAUUGCCAUAUCAUAAGUAAAUAUAGCAAUCAUUGAGUCAUUGUUGGUAGGCAUAUAUACUCUGUAAAGUAGGUAAAGAAUAAAUUCUACGACUACAGCUGGUAUAUUUUUCUAACUUGUUAAUGCUAGAUAAAAAUAUUGCAAUUUAUUUUUAUAAGACAAGUUCAAAUUUAUAAUAAAAUUUGUUAAAAAAACAAACAACUGUAAUUUAUUUGGUAGCUAUAAAUUAAUACAUUUUUUAAUGUAAAUUUAUUAAAAUAUGUUAUAACAAAACUUAAUUCUGAAUUGUUUUUUGUUUACGAUAAUUUAUACCUAAAUAGUAAUACUACUAAUAAUACAUUUUAUUAAUGUAACACAUUUAUGUAAACUUCACCACAGUAGUAUGGGGAAAAAAACAUUUUUCAAAAUGGGAGGGCACUAAAUACAACAUUGAUUACUAUUAUAAACUUUACAUAAGAAAAUAUUGCAUUAUGGUACAUAAUAUAAUAACAGAUUGACACAAAAAUAAUUUUAUUUACAAAUUUUAAAUAGUUAUUCUCAUAAAAUAUAAUGUAUAACAUGUAUUACAUAUUUAGUGUUACACUGAGUCACAGAGUACAGUUUUAAAUAGUUACUUAUGUUAUAUAUAUAUAUGUAAUGUAUAUAUAUAUAUAUAUACUACUAUGUAGACAUUAUUUAAUUUAUAAACAUAUUUUGAUAUGAAUUAUCAUAAACUAUUACAUUGAUUAAAAGUUAUAUUAUUGUCUAUCUGCUAUUGUAUAGUCUAGUUUACUUGAAUUCUUCCUAUUCAUAAAUCAUCUAGUUUCAUAUUAAUGUUUUUUCUUUAAUAGUGUUCAUGUACAUAGUUAUUCUAUUUAUUUCUUCCACCAAUGAAUGCAUCUAAACAGUAUAAAAUGUAUUACUAACAACAAAAUAAUAUACUUAAUUAAAAUUAAAAUCUAAAUUGAAAAUAUGUUUCCACAACUUAAGGUAAAUGUCUAUGGAAAAACACAUGUUCUUUUUCAAAUAUUUUAUGAAAAUUUUAAUAAAGAAUUUCUGUAAAAUAACAUAAUUUAUGAAAUAUAUUAUCUUAAACAAAUAAACAACUUCAAGGAUUUUCGGUGUUUGUAGUGGAAUUGUCACAAAUGCUAUCUAAUAUAAAGUAUACUAUUAAUAUAAGAGUAAGAUUAAUGGUUAUCAGCAUAUAGCAAAUCUAUUACAGCAUCUUAACCACCUAUUUAAUGUGGUGAGUUAUAAGGCCAUUAGAGAUUACAUCAGGGAUGUUUGAUUUCAAAAGAAACAACACCGAUGUUACCUGUGCCAUCACUGAUGAAUCUAUAGGAACUAACAGAAUGAUUACACAAUAUUAGAUAUUGUUUUAUAUGGAAACCAUAGACAUUCUUUUUUAGAAAUUAUUUUACUGACUUAAAAUUUAGUAGUUAUCAAACUAUAUUAAAUGAUUAUGAAAUCAUAAAUAAUAAUAUAAUAAUAAAGUUUAAAUAUAAUCAUGACAAUAAUAAUAAUUACAAAAGAAUUUUAGAUGCUACUUUAAUAUUCAGUCUAUUGACGGGUUCCUAAUUGAGAAUGCUGUUAACAUAUAUUUUUAACACUUCAUGCUUAAUAUUUUUCAAAAUAAUGUAUGUAUGUUAUAAUGUAUUAUAAAUAUCAUAUGUAUAUUUUGUUUUAAAUAGUUAAAGUAAUUUAAAGUUUGCAGGAUUCUGGUGGGAUAGAAGUGGGUAGGACCUUUGUGUAAUAUAAAACUACUAACCUGCGGGUCCAAACCUUCUAAACCUUCUGAUAUAAAAAUUAGUGCCACAACUAAAAGCUUGCUAUACAAGACUAAGUUUCUGCGGAUACGGGUGUGAAGUAAAUCAAUAUUAAUAUUUGUAUGUUUAUAAGGGAAUUUUGUAAUAUAGAUAUUUAUUUUUUGCUCGAAUGAGGUAGGCCGCAGUAGCUCGACACAGAGAUGACAUGUAUAUUGAAGUUGCACCAAAACUUAAAAUAUAUUAUCAUGAAUAUUAAUUAUUAGUUUAUUACCUUAUUUUCUUGAGAUUCUUCAAAAUAGUCAGACAUAGUAUGGUUUUCUUUAUUAAGCGAUCGUGAUUUUUUCAUUUUAUUUACUUGCUUUUGUAAUCUUUGACGUUUUAAAUUUAAAAUACUAUAAUAUUUUUUAUACUCUAAACUUUCACCCUGAAAAUCAGAAUAAUUUAAACAUUUAAAAUAGUAUUUUAUAUGGGAUAACUAAUUAAUAUUUGUAUGGUAUGUUUGUGUUUUAUUUUCUAUUUUAAGUUACAAAAAAAAAAUUAUUUUACUGUAGAAUUGGGGUUAGGCUUUUGACCAGUCAUAUUAUUUUGAUCAACUAACGUCAACAUUAAUUGAUUAAAAAUAUAUAGUUUGUAAAAUAAUUAUAUUGUUAAAUCUCAAGUGCAUUUUAUUAUUUUUAUUAUGUAUUCAUUUAAAAUAAAUAAAAUGUAAUAUCAACUAUAUUUUAACUGUUAAUUUAUUUAUCAAGUGCCAACCCUACUUUAUAUUCAAAUCAAAUAUACAAUACUUUUAAAAGGAGAUGUAUUUCAGUAUGAUCUCCAACAAUAUCAGUAAUAGAAUUAAAUUUGGAAUUUGAAUUGUCUUCUAAGAAACAUAAUGAUGAUGUCCCUGAUAAUUGUUGAAUGAUAUCUUCAUAUUUUUUAAGUGAUUGCUGUUGUUUUGAAAGUAUAAUAACUGAAAAUAGAAUGUAAUAUACAAUUAAAAAUGAAAAAAUUGGAAAUUAAUUUGUAUUACUUUCAGAUUGAACUUUGUUAAAAUUAUUUAUAGAUCGAAGUUUUCGUAUUGCUGUGAUAAUAUCAUUUACCAUAUUCAUAUCAGCAUCUAUUUGUUCAUUACGCCAUUUUAAAUACUAAACAAUGAAGAUAUAUAUAACUCAAUAUUGUUUUGCAUAUUUGUUUAAUAUAGUAAAAUUUACUUCAAUAGCUUCUGGAAAUUUAGUAUGCGCAACAUGUGUUUUAUUUUUUCCCGGCAAAACACAAUAAAGUGUUUCUGAUAAAAAUGGCAUAAUUGGAUUUAUAAGCCUUAAAGAACUAUCCAAAAUAAAUAAAAGCAUCUUACAAGUUGCUUGAAUUUCAUCAUUAGUCCCGUGUGCAAGUAUAGGUUUACAUGUUUCCUUAAAAAAUUAAAAUACACUAAAUAAAAUGACAAUUAUCAAUUGUAAUAUUAUGUUAUGUGUUUUUAUAAAAAAAUAUAUACCAAAAAAACAUUACAGAAUUCAUUGAUAAAAAAUUUUUUAAAUUCUGUAACGAAAAUGUAAAUAUCAUAAUUUUGGAAUGAAUUGUUAAUUUUAGAAACACAAUCUCCCAAUCGACUUAAUAUCCACAAUUGUGUACAAUUAAUUGGAACCACUGUUGUAUAAUCAGAAACAUUUUUUUCAGCAACCCACAUCAACACAAACCUUGUAGCUUGCCACACUUUAUUACAAAAUAUACGAUUCCGAUUACAAUCAUUCACAUUAAAGUGAAUAACUUGAUCUAAAUUAAGUUAUAAGAACAAUCAGAAUUUUAAAAAUUAAAGUCAAAAUAAUAGGUAAUUGAUUUUUUUUAAACUUACUUUUGAUGUUUUGAGAUACAAGAGUUAUUCUUAGAGCGUCUGUACCACACUCAUUAAUACCCUUUGGAAAUAAUUUUUUUUGGCCUAUCAAGGCUUUUUCUAAUUCAUCGUAUGAUAUUACACCAGAUUUAGCACUGGCGUGAGUUUUCUUUUGCAGAUCCUAAUUUAUAUAACACAUUGGAUUAUGUAUAAAUUGAAAAUUUCAAGUGAUUACCUCAAGUGAAAUUCCAUUAAUGACAUCUUCAGGAUCUACAACAUUUCCUAGACUUUUUGACAUUUUUCUACCAUGAAUGUCGUGUAUCAUACCAUGCAAAAUAACAUUCUGGAAACAUAUAAAUACAUAUUAAUUUUAAAAAAUGUUUAAUUUAACUUUUCUUUCGAAAUGAUACUUUGAAAGGAAGCGAUCCUGUUAAAUAGGUUCCUAGCAUCACCAUUCUUGCAACCCAAAAUGUUAAAAUAUCAUGUCCAGUUUCCAUAAAACUCAAGGGAUAGUAUUUAUGUAAAUCUUCAGUCUAAAAAUAUGUGUUGAAAUGUAUUUUUGUAUAAAUUCAGCAAUUUUAAUUAUUAACCUUGUCAGGCCAACCAAAUGAAGAAAAUGGUAAUAAUGAAGAAGAAAACCAAGUAUCUAAUACAUCUUCAUCUUGUUUAAUGUCUAAAGUAGCCAUUUCUUCUUCUGGUAAUUUAAAUUUAGCUCCAAUUUUUUUAAUAGCUUCAUUUUUGUUAUAUGCUGCAACCCAACCAUAUUUAGUUUCAAAUAAUGGUAAUCUAUGACCCCACCAGAGUUGUCUAGACACACACCAAUCUCUAAAAAUGAAUAAAUUAUAAUUUUACUGAUUAUUACUUUCAUAAUGUGUAUUGAUAUUUAAUUUUAUACUUAGAAUUAUCAAGCCAUAAUAACCAUUGAUUAUGAUAAUGACUAGGUUCAAUUGUUAAUUCACCAUUUCUAAGUGAGUCAGAUGCUUUUUUAGCCAUUUCUUUACAAUUAAUAAACCUUUAAAAGAAAAGAGUCAAUCAAAAAAAAAAAAAAAAUACAUAAAUAAACAACUUAUUAACCAUUGAAGUUUUGGAAGGUGCUCUAUUACAUCACCAGUACGACUACAUAUGGGAAUUGACAUCUUAUGUUCUCUUGUGCCUUUUAAUAAAUUCAUUUCAUUUAAUUUUUGAACUAUAGCAGUUCUUACUUCAUAUCUUGGUAAUCUCUAAAAUUAAACAUUUAUAAAUAAUAAAUAAAUAUAUAGAUUUAUCAAUAUUGUAUGAGGUACUCAUUUUCUUGAAAUAUAUUAACUUUUCACAGAAUUUAAUUUUACGAAAUUUAAUAAAUAAGCAGUUAUAAAAUGUUAAAUUUCCAUUAUUUUUUAUUACCCUUAUAUUUGAGAUUGAACUCACUACUCAAUUAGCAAUAAAAAGAACCAUAUAUAAAAAUUCCAUAAAUAGAAAGUUUUACUUUAAAUAAAUGUUGGUGUUUAAAUUUUAACUGUUGUUGUGUAGAUUGAGAUAGGAGUAGAGCAACUUAAAAGUACAAUCCCUUAUCAUAUAUAACAGUUAAAAUUUCAGUACAAAAAUUUAUUUAAACUAAAACUUCAUACAUUUAUUUGAUUUGUUAUAAAUGUUGCUAUUUGAAAAUAAAAAUUAGGUUGUGAAUUCUCCCUCAAAAAUAAUAGAAAUGUUAUAUUUUAUAGCUGCUUGUUUCUUAAAUUUUCAAAAUAAUAAAAAAAAAAAAAAUUAAGUAAAUAAUAUAUACUUUCUGAGAUAAUGAGUGUCUUUCAUUAUAUUUUUUAGUGAUACACAAUAAUAUCAUAUUUCAAUAUCGGAUCAGUUUUACUGAUAUCUAAUUUAUCAAAAGUACAUCAAUAUAAUAAUAAUAUAAUUUAUAUAUAAUUUUCUACAGUUUUCAUUUUCUAUUUAUUUAAGUUUUGAUAGUUAAUCAAUGUCAAAGAAUCAUAAACACUGAUAAUAAGCAAUAAUUAUUUGAUAAUUAUUAUUUAUUAAUAAUAAUUAAUAACAUAAUAACUAACCUAAUUUAUAACUCACAUUAAAUUCAUCAUAUUCACAUGAUAUUUUUCCGAAUUCAUCGAUGACACUGAUAAUUGGAAGAUUGUGUUUGCUGGCUAGUUCAUAAUCUAAGAUGUCAUGUGCAGGUGUCAAUUUUACAGCACCUAAUACAAUUUAAUACUUAAAAAUCAUGAAUAUAAUAUAAGUUAAGUACGAAACUACCUGUGCCGAAAUCUUUAUCAAUAGAAUGGUCAUAAAUUAUUGGUAUGGUACACUUUCUAAAAGGAUGCCAUAAUUUAACAUUGUCUAGUCCUUUAUACCUAUCGUCAUUAGGGUUCACAGCAACUGCUACAUCUCCAAGAAUGGUUUCUGGUCUAGUAGUUGAUACGACAAUUUCUUGAUCUAUUAAGUAUUCAAAUAUAAAUUAUAUAUAACUUAUUUAACAAAUAAAGUGUUUUUAUAAAAAUACACACCAGAGUUAUGAAAUUUGUAUGCUAUGUCUGUAAGAAUACCAAACUCAACAGGUUUGCUAGUUCCCGGUAAACUAACAUGAGUUCUUCCUGAAAUUUCUUUAUGAUCUAUUUCAAUAUCAGAUACUGUAGAUUGUAGAGAACAACACCAAUUAACUAAUGCAUAUUUUCGGUACAAAAGUUGAUUGUCAAAUAGUCUAAUAAUGGCUUCACAGACAGCUUUGUUUUGUUUCUGUAAAUGUAAUAAAAAAUUAAUAUUAUUAACAUCUAAUUAUUUGAAUAAAAUCAUCUGUUUUUUUAAUAUUAAAUUAGGAUUUUAUAGUAUAUAUUUUUAUGAUUUAAAAUAAGUUUUUACUUCAUCCAUUGUAAAAAAUUCUCUGUCCCAGUCCAACGUGACACCGAGAUUUUUUAAUUGAUUUCUAAUUAUUGUGAUUUUUUCAUUCUUCCACUUCAUAAUUUUUUCAUUGAAGGCUUUUCUACCAAUAUCAUGUCGAUUAACAUUUUCUUCAGCAUAUAAUUUUUUUUCUACAACUACUUGAGUAGCAAUACCAGCAUGAUCAGUACCUGGUACCCAUACUACAUCUACAUUGUUCAUUCUAUGCCUAAUUAAACAUAUAAUAUAUACUAAACAGCAAAUAAUUUACAAAUCAAAUUAAAAUGACAAACCAUCGAACAAUAAUAUCCUGUAUGGUGACUGUUAGUGCAUGCCCUAAAUGUAAAGAUCCAGUUAUAUUUGGUGGUGGUAAUAUAAUAGAAAACUUUUUUUUAUGAUUAGAAUUAGAAUUUUGACUAAUGAAAUUAUCUGAAAUGGUAUAUUUAGAAUUUUCAACUAUUUUAGGUUCAUAUUUCAUAGGUAAUAUUUGAUUUUGUCCUGGAAAAAAUAGACAAAUUAACACAAUUCAGUUAAAAUAUAUAACAAAUUUGUAUUUAAUAAAAAUAAAAAUCACCAUUUCUAAAGUCUAUAGAAUAACAACAACAUCCGACCCUUCUGAUUUUUUUAAGGUGUUUAUUAUUUAGAAAUACAAUUUUAUUAAUUUUUACAACAUACAUUUUGUAAAUAAUUUAAAUUAAUCAACUAAAUAGUGAAUAAUCAUAAAAAAAAGUAUGUACAGCUAUAUUUCAAAUGUUUACCAGGUACUAGGAUUACUUUUUUUCAUAAAAACGUGCGAGAUUAUCAGUUAUCACUUCAAUGUUAUCACUUUUGAUAAAAUAAUCGGUUUGUUAUCAAUAAAUAUUAAAUAGAUUAUUAAAAUGUAAAAAUAUGUUUGGAAAUUAGAAAAUACUUAAUAGUUACUUGAUGGUUUUUGUUAUUAAGUACAUAUUUGUAUUAAAAUUAUAGUUUAUAUUUACGUAUAAUCCAUUUUUAUUUCAUUUUUUCAAACAUGUCAUCAAAGUAAGUCAAUGUACCUACCUAGAUAUCUAGUUUAUGUAAGAUAAACAUAAAUACCUAUCUAUUAUUUAUUAUAAAUUAUUACAAUUAUUAUUGCAAACCAAUAUAUUUUCAAAGUUUUGAUUUACUUAGAGUGCAGUUUUAUUAACAAAAAUUUAAUUUUCCAGAGUUAAAAUUGUUCAAGGAGCUAUGGUUUGCAAAGAAAUUAAAGUAAAAGGUCAAGUAAGUUUUGGCGCAUCUACUAUAAUUCAUCCUGGUGUAACUAUAAUAGCUGAAGCUGGACCGAUUGAAAUAGGCGAAAAUAAUAUUAUUGAAGAAUAUGUCAACAUUAUUCAUAAGUAAGAAGCCAAAUUUAAUUUAUAAUUAAGUAUAAAAAUAUUUGUUUUUACCAUCUAUUCAUAGUUUUAAAUAUUUAUACCUAUUAAUAUAUGAACUUUUAAUAUUAAUAAUAUUUCCAUAACAGUUAAUAGUAAUAAGCUCUUAAAAGUUAAAAUUAUGUCAAAAUUUGAAAUAUUAAUAUUUACUGUUCUGUCCACUUAUAUAGUAUUGUGUUACAUAGUAUAGAUGAUUACUUUAGUUUGUACCUAUUUUGGUCAACAUCACUAGUUCACAAGAUAUAACAUUGAUCAAACUUGAUCAUAGUUUAUUAUACUCCCUUUAUAGCACUCCCAACAUUCUAUUUAAAAAACUAUGUAAAUACAAUAAUUAGGUAAUUAUAAUACAAACAAUAAUCAUUAAUUAUGAAGAUAGGUAAUUUUUAAAAACAAAAUUUUCUUAUAUUAACUUUUCUACUACAUUAUUAAACAUUUAUUAGGAUUUAUGUUUAUUGUUGUAAACACAAUUGCAAAAAAAAAAAACAUUCUGAUAAGUGUUAUAAUAACUAACUAAAUGAUAAUAAUAACAAUAAUUUUUUAUUUAAGUUAAAAUUAUUUAAUAGAUUUGCACCUGGAAAUGAACAUUCGGAACCGAUAAUAUUAAAAAUAGGUUCUAAUAAUGUAUUUGAAGUAUAUUCAACUAUUGAUGGAGUCAGCAGUAUUGGAGACAAUAAUAUUUUUGAAUCGAAAAGUUUGUGUAUUUAAAUUUUACCAAAUAUACCUAUUUGUUUUCAAUAAAACUAUAUAAUAAUUUUUUUAAAUAUUUAGGUUAUGUUGGUCGAAAUCUAUCAAUAGGCAAUGAUUGCAUUAUUGGAGCUGGAUGUCGCUUAACAUCUACUGUACCAAUCGAAGAUGGUGUAUGUGUAUAUGGAAAAAACUGCAUUAGACAAAAAGCUUUUUGUAAGCCAUCGGUGAGUAAUGAUUUAUAAAUUGUAUUUUAGAAUAAAAUUUUUAUAAUCGAUCCAACUUUAUUGAUUAAAAUAUUUUAGGUUCCCGCAGGUCAUCGUGAAUUCCUGGUAAAACUGUUACCAAGUUACCAUUUAUUAAGAAAAAAUAAACACACAAAUGAAGGAAAUUAAUAUUGAUUAAGACUUGUAUCGUUAUAUUUCAUUACACACCUAUCUAUUAUGUU